UUGAGAUUUCUGCUCCUUUGCAUUCCAAAGUAAUCUCCCUCUUUCUCUUCUUGAUUGUUGUUGAUGGCCUUCAACAAUCAAGAAUUGUUUGAGUUCAUUACCUAAACCUACAAACAAAGGUGGAAAAAAAGAGAGAGAAGUCAAUCCUCGUAACUUCUCAAUCAUCUUGAUUUUUUGUUUCUCGGGAGGAGAAUGUUGAGAUUUCAAAGCAACCAAGAUCCUCUUUGGCAAUGAUGUUUCGAGAAUCUUGCUUUUGCUAUGGCUUUCUCUUCUUGACUCGAUUUCUCAACAUUCUCUAAGCGGUGUAUUGUAAUUACAGAUCUAUCAAUAGUUGUUGCUACAAGAGGUUCUCUUACCUAGAUAAAAAUGACGACAAAAGUGAAAGGCCUCUUUAAAGGACUUAAAUAUACCAUCUCUCAUAACAUCUUUGAUGAGAAAGUGCCAGAAUUCGAGAUCGGGCUUCCCACAGAUGUAAAACAUGUAGCACAUAUUGGAAGUGAUGGCCCUUCUUCCACCACUCCAAGUUGGAUGAAUGAGUUUAAAUCAAGCCCAGAGUCUAUGAGCGGCCCUUUGAAUUCUACAGAUGACCUCAAGAGCCUUCCUUCACCAAAAGCACAGUCUGAAGCCGGCGGGCCAGCCCAAAAGUCAAAGCACAAGUCAAGGCGCUCAUCCAGCGACGCGCCAAAGCACUCGCGGCGGCCGUCGACCUCCAGCAGUGCGGCUGGCUCUCCGGCGGGAUCACCCAAGGCCGGAGACGGCGAGAAGAAGUCGAGGCGCCACCGCUCUUCCAACAACCUGGCCAUGGGAUCCCCGGCCAGGGAGUCGUCGGGCGGCAGCGUCAAGUCGAGGAAGAGCAAGAAAUCCUCCAACCAGGGCGGCGACGAAUCCCCCACCGGCCAGGACCAGCCAUCCAUUCCAAAGCAUUCUCGCACCCGAAAGUCGAGAGCCCGAUCGAAGGAUCAGCCCGAAAAUUCCGCUGCCGCCGACGGGCUUCCCCCGACGGCGGACGGUGGCUCCACCAAGAGCAACACCGCCGGCCAUCUAACUUCAGUUUUGGACGCCUACCAAUGAGAUGAUUAAAAACACAAAAUUGAAAAACUUCGGUGGUUUAAUUUGUUUGUGGGUUUUAGAGAUCGGAGUUUCCCUCCAAUUUUUUUUCUUUCUCUUUUUGACAAUUAAUUUCUUUUGUUGCUGUUCAAAAGUUUCUUGCUUUUUCUUAAUUUUUUCUUCUUCUUUGUUUUGCAUCACCGUAGCUAGAGCUUUGUAUCAAUUUGGAGAAAGGUAUAUAUACAUUGUAAAGUUUACCAGGAGUUGGAGAAGGCAGAGAGGAAAGGAGUUGUUUACUGUUUCCUGUAAACUUCUUUUGAGAGAUGAUAAUAUAAUGGAAUCAUUCAAUUUGUACUUCUUCACCACCCCCACCACCCUGUGUGUGAGAAACAAAAAGAAAAGUUGCAAUCUUUUCUGUUGUCAAUUUGCUUAUUGGCCAA